CCAAAGAUGAAUUUUCAACGAAGCCCUACGCCACGCGUUUGAAGCUUUCACCGAAAUUUCCCAAUUACAAUUCUGUCAUUUCCUUUAUAUUCACCUUUUUUUUUUUUUAUUUCUUAUUUUAACUCUUCAAUUCGCCAAUCUUUGUGCGAUUCCGAAGAAACACAAAUAGUUUUUUGAAAUAUAUAUUUUUCGAAAUAUAUAUUUUUCAAUUUUGUAGAUGAAGAUUCGUAGUUGGUGAAAUUAUUUUAGGUUAUGAUUUGUGUUCUUAUCUUCAGUUCUUAACAUAACCCUAACAAAUCCUUGGACAAUUUUUCCUUCUGCUUGGUUUAUUGACCUAAGGAUCUAAAAUUUAGUAAAUACAUGAAAAUGAGUCGUCCUCAGGAGCCACAUCGCCCUUUCUUCCAUUUUGGAAAUCCUUUCCGUAUCAUAUCACCUAAGGGUUCUCAGUUUUCUCCAAGACUUCUUUCUUUAUUGAACGCAUUUGAGGCCACCUUGUCACAGAGGCUGCAAAAACUUGUGCCAAAAGACAAGGAUGACAUCCUUAGUUUGUCAUGGAUGAAACUAGCAAUGAACACACUUUCUGAGAUUCAUUGUGACAUAAAAAACCUGAUAACUGAGCUGGAGCUCCCUGUGAGUGAUUGGGAGGAGAAGUGGAUAGAUGUCUACCUGGAAAUCAGUGUGAAGUUGCUUGAUAUUAGUAUUGCUUUUACCUCUGAGCUUACUAGACUCAACCAAGGCCAUCUCUUACUUCAGUUCGUCUUGCAUAAGUUGGAGUCCAACUCCCCAGAGCAGUUCAUGCGGACCUGUUCCUCAGUUGAUAGCUGGAGACAGCACCUUGGCUCAAAAAAUCCGAGAGUUGAAGCUUGUCGCACAAUCCUGGACAAUCUUGUUGGAUCAUUAAACUUGCCUAAGGUGAAGAACUCUGCUAAAGGAAAGGUUUUGAUGCGUGCAAUGUAUGGAGCUAAGGUGGCUACUGUAUAUAUCUGUAGUGUCUUUGCUGCAGCUUUCUCUGGUUCUGAUAAGAAUUUGUUAGAUUUAACUGUUGCUGACACGCUACCAUGGGCUCAAGUUUUUUCUGAUGUUCAAACUACUGUGAAUGCGGAAAUUAGAAAUAUAUUUUCUUGCGGAAAAUUUUCAGUUCUAACAGAACUAGAUGCUGUCGAUGCAUGUGUCCAGAAAUUGUAUCCUUUGCUCCAAGAUGGGUUGGGUUCUAUUGAAGGGGAGUCGUUCAAGAAUUAUGUUUCAGAUUUGAGAAAGACAGCAGAGAAACUAUCACAAGGGCUAGAUAAUCUUUCAAAGGUAGUAGAUGGAUUUUUCAAAAUAGUUUUGACUGGGCGUGAUGCUUUGCUUUGUAAUCUAAGAGCGGGUGGUGCUGUCCCAAAUUCAAUGGUAGGAAGAAAAGUGGAAGAGCAAGUUGUGAGGUGAAAUCAUGAAUGCAAUGAAGCUAAACUCUUCUGUAUACAGAUGGUUUAGGUUGAGACGUGUUUUCUAACGAGUAGACAUGUACAGCCUUGUUUGGGUUAUGGAAGUAUGUGGUGUGGGAGUCGUAAGUUGUGUUACAGUACUAAUUUACUUGGCUGUACGUGUACAAUGUACCAUCCAAUGUCGAGAGUUAUAGAAAGGGCUCAUAAUUUGUUUGCAAAAUGUUCAGUACUUAUUAUUAUUAUCAUCAUCAAUUAUUAUUCCCUAAA